AUUAACACAACAGAGAACACAACACACGGCACACUAGCUACAUACUAGUAGCAAGCAAUGGAGAACCCUCCGAGCAUCAUAGUGACUCCCAUUGCUCCAGCUGUAUCAGCGCAGUUCACAAGAUUCACCUUCAGCAAACUGUAUAUUCGUCGGACUAGCCCAGGCAGCAAGGAGCUAACUGUGGAUGGAAGGCCAUCUGAUCAUCUGGGCACAAGAAAUGUCAGUGAUUGCCCCAUAUUUGAUGGCCCUGGGUCCAACGCCAUCCUCGUGGCUCGCAUACAGGGAACCAUAACCCAAAUAAGUAACGCACACGAAUUAUACACCAUCGUCUUUGAGGAGAGGCUUAAGGGCUCCACGAUCGUCACCGAAGGAAUAAUGACGGAAGGGUCUGAUGAAUGGGCAAUCUAUGGUGGAACUGGAGUGUUUGCUAUGGCAAGAGGUGUCAUAAAAAGAAAAAAUCUUGCUGAUAAGAGUGGUGGGAAUACUGAUGAACUUACCAUGGAAGUUUUCUGUCCGGUGUUUGGCUCAUAAAAGCAGUCAAUUUAGUUUGAAUAGCUUGCUGCCUGGCCAGCUACUACCUGCUUGAUCGAUUAUCCUUUUAGUUCGGUUGUCAUCAUCUUGGGUGAAAUAAAUGUCUUGCGUCGUCUAUAUAUGGCCAUCAUCGUCUGGUUGUAUCUAUAUGUUAGUGUCUAUAUAUAUAUGAGUCAAAUAAAGGUUGAUCAAAGUCAUCUUGUUAUAAAAUAAUUUCCUUUUAUAUAUCAUAUUUGGGUUUUUUCA